AUGCUCAUCUUCAAGUAUGGGGUCGACUGGAAGGAGCUGGUCAACGCGCCUCAGGGCAACAAGGACGACAUCGAAAAGGCCCAGAAGCUCCUCGACGAGGUGACGGCGGCGUUCCAGGCGUCGGAGGCUCGCGACCAGGAGGCCGCCGAGGCCGUGCGCACCGCCACCCGCCAGGAGGCCGACGCCAAGGCCGCCGAGCAGGAGGCCAUCGCCAAGGAGCAGGAGGCGCACGCGCGCGAGGAGGAGCUGCGGGCGGCCAAGCAGGAGCUCGACGCCGCGCUCCACGAGCUCCAGGCCCAGGAGGAGGCCUUCAACGCGCGCACGGCCGAGCUCACGCGGCUCUCCGAGGAGGGCUCCAUCGUGGCCAAGAACCGGGCCAAGAACGAGCUGGCCCAGCACCUGUCGUCGGACCCGCUGCCGCUGCGCAAGGCCAAGAUCACGCAGGAGGCCGCCGUGAAGAAGGCCGAGCGCGCUGCGCAGGCUGCGCGCGAAGCCACCGAGCGCGC